CAGUCGAUUGUUCGAUUCGAUUCGAUCUUGCGCCUUUUGAUUUUUACCUCGGGAAAACUUCGCGCAAGUGAUACGUUUUUUCUAAGCAAAAAUAGUGUGUACGUACAGCGUUCGUAUAGCAUAUACUGCGUGUCCGGUAAGAUCGUGUGGUUCACUCUUUUUAGACAACGUAAUCCUUUCUUUAGUCAAAAAUGAGCACGCCGGUGAAGAAGGUCCCCAUUCACCUGCAGAGCGCGCAAAACAGGCUGCUGAUUAAGAAUGGCAAGGUGGUGAACGACGAUGGGAUCACGGACAACGACGUUUACAUCGAAGACGGUAUCAUUAAGCAAAUGGGUCGCAAUCUGAUAAUACCGGGUGGCACUAGAAUCAUCGACGCCCGUGGGAAGUACGUGAUGCCUGGUGGCAUAGAUCCACACACCCAUUUCGAAUGCGAGCUAAUGGGCGCCAAAUCGGUCGACGAUUUCUAUCAGGGGACUAAGGCAGCUGUCGCUGGUGGUACGACGAUGAUCAUCGACUUCGUCAUCCCCAGGAAGGACGAAUCCCUUUUGGAGGCGUACGAGAGGUACCGAGAGUCCGCCGAUCAGAAAGUCUGCUGCGAUUAUUCGCUCCAUGUCGCUGUCACGUCCUGGAGUCCAAAAGUCAAAGAGGAGAUGGCCACGUUGGUGAAGGAUCACGGUGUCAGCAGCUUUAAAAUGUUUAUGGCCUAUCGCGACCUGUUUAUGCUAAGGGAUCCAGAAUUAAUUGAGACGUUCAAAACGUGCAAGGAGCUCGGUGCCAUCGCUAUGGUUCAUGCGGAAAAUGGCGAUAUUAUUGCGGAGAACACGAAACGAUUGCUCGAUGCAGGAGUGACGGGGCCGGAAGGUCAUGAAAUGUCUCGCCCCGAAGAAGUGGAAGCGGAGGCUGUGAAUAGAGCGUGUGUUAUAGCUAGUCAGGUGAAUUGUCCGCUGUACGUAACGGCAUUGUCGAGCAAGUCCGCUGCUGAUGUUGUGUCCUCGAAAAGGUCGGAGGGUGUCGUCCUGUUUGGAGAGACUCUCGCAAGUACCGUGGGUAUCGAUGGUAGCGAACAAUACGGGAAAGAUAUCGAAAAAGCGAGACGUUACAUUACUAGCCCACCAUUGAGACCCGAUUCUACCACUCCUGCCUAUCUAAUCGAACAUCUAGCACAAGAUGGCCUUCAAGUUACCGGUAGCGACAAUUGCACCUUCAACGCCGAACAAAAAGCUCUGGGCAAAGAUGACUUUUCGAAGAUUCCCAAUGGUGUAAACGGCGUGGAAGACCGGAUGUCAGUCGUUUGGGAGAAAGGUGUACACGCGGGAAUAAUGGAUCCUACGAGGUUCGUGGCAGUGACCAGCACCAAUGCCGCUAAGAUCUUCAAUUUGUAUCCGCGAAAGGGAGUGAUAGCGGUCGGCUCAGACGCAGAUAUCGUUGUCUGGGACCCCAACAGGAAGCGUACGAUUUCCGCUCAGACGCAUGUUCAGGCCGUUGACUUCAACAUCUUCGAGGGUAUGGAAGUUCACGGAGUACCGGAAUACGUUAUAGUGGAAGGUCGUGUCUGCGUGGACGAGUGCGAACUAAAGGCUGUUCAUGGAUUUGGAAAGUUUGUCGAGACGCCAAGCCACGUUGAUUAUGUAUACAGUAUGAUAGAAGACAGAGAAAAGAGACCACGCGGAGUGGCACGAAGCGAAGCCGAAGCGAAAAAGUACGCCGAGGAGGAUGCCGCGAUCGCGAAGGCCAAAGAGGAAGCAAGAAAGGCCGCAGCACUCGCGAAGAAUCAUCAAACGAAUGGUACUUACGAGAGUCCGAAACCGAAGAUUUCAAUGCCUGAUUGCAUGCCGACACUGCCAGACUCUGCGGUGGUUACGCCAUCGUCGAAAGGCCCGCGACUAGAGGGACAAAGAAAUUUGCAAGACUCUACUUUCUCCAUCAGCGAGGACGUCGAGGAAGCAAGAAGAGCUUGUAUCCGCGUGAAUAAUCCACCCGGUGGUCGCAGUGCAGGAGGUUUUUGGUAAUUUAUGAAAGACAGAAUCUAAAGGUCUGCUUUGCAUAUAGGGAUCUUUCCUUACAGAGAAAAUAGGAACGAAAUCCUUCUCUCGUCAUCUUUCUUUUAUUCGUGCAUACAAAAAGAGCCACUCCAUUUUUCUUGUUUUUACGUGACUGUUCUCUAUCAGCCCGCUUUCAGGUUCGCUAUUCACUCAAUUAUUAACGAUAAGUUUCGUUUUCAAUUGAUAUACGUUCCCAAUCGAUUAAGGUCUGUUCCAUCAAAGGAGGACUUGGAUGCCACCGGUCAGUAGAGCGUACGUUCGUAUUUUCAUCUAUCACACUAUUUUUCGCUUCACUAUCGCUUCAUUGCCCGCUCUCUGUGUACCGUACGCUUCAUUCUUUGACCUUGGAACGUUCACGCGUUUUCGUCACUCGCACUUAUCUCGCAUCGUCGACUUUACCCUUCGUGCAAUAGAUAUAUGUAUCUGUUGAGUAUCUAGCAGAUUAAAGGUUUAUUUUACCGUUCUUCUUGGACAAUCUCUUUGAGUUCUGCAAACUCAUCUCGUUUGUUUGUAUAAUAUGUUGUUUUAUUAUAUACUAUAAGGAAUAACGGAAUUACGUACGGGUAUCAAUGUGGUUUCAUUUUCAUAUGUAUACUUUAUAUAUUUAUGUUUUUUCUACAGUGAAACUAUAAGUAAGGAGUUACUUACUGCUUUUCUAGAUAUUUUGAAAAACAAAUAAAAAAGAUGUAAAAUUUUUUUAAAAUGUACGUAUUUCUGUUGAUUCUAAGGUCAAGCUGAUAUGCAAAUUAUUUAUUGCAUAAUUAUAUUACUCCAAAACAAUAUUCGCAUCUGUAAUGUAAUAUUUAAAGUCAUUUUACAUGAUCGAAAAUACCCUACAUAUUUGGUAAAACUUAAUAAUGACAGUUGAUCAUUAACGAACGAUUAUUGGUCACCGAACAUAAUUCGUACAUUUCACUGUUGUUGAAAUCAGUUGUUAUUGUAACUUUGUUUCCGUAUCGUCUAAUAAGUUAUAUAACACCGGUAUACAUUGAUCAUCAUCGGUUUCAUCACUGAUAUCAUACGAUGACGUAAACAUCAUUAUAUGCUCGGUGUACAUAUUACAAAAAAAAAUGUUGUUUCGCUCUCAUUUAAUCGAGGUUCACUACUGGCAUGCAACUGUUUUACGGGCAUAAUGUUAAUAUUAUAUAUUUUAUAUGCUAUCAUUAACCGUAGAAUCGAACACCGUACCAUUAAUUUUAAGUCAAUCCUCGAUUAAACAAUAAUUGUUUUGUUUCUCUAUCACAGUCUAGCGUUACGUUUCGGUUAAUUAUAUUGUUAAUUGUAAUGAGUGUAAAUAUUAAAGUAAUCCUUAGUUUAACAAUUCGAGGAACUUGAAAGAUUGUUAUUUUGCAAAGGAUUAAGUAAUCGUGUUAUAAACUAUAUAUGCGAAGUUACAUUUGAAUGUUCGUCAGAUAUUGAUAUGUAAUUUAAUUAUCAUAUAAAAGGAUGAAGUCUGUAAGUUUGAACAAAUGGUUGAGAAAUGAAAAACGGGAAAUCUUUUGAAUAAUUUUCACUAUAUUUUUACCAUAGUUGUAGAAUAUUUGCGAGUUUAGAAUAGUUCAAACGAUAAAGUGAUCUUGAAACUUACGAUAAUAUUGAAACAAGUAACGUAAUUAAAUAUUUGGCAUUAGGAGUUUUUCCUGUUUCGAUGAUACAGAGUAGCAUUUCUCUGCUUCAAAAAUGUACAAACUUUUGAAAAUUUACCAAAACGAAGAAAAUUUCAGCGUUUAACAACGAUAAGCUUGUAAUAAUAUUAUAUUAACUGAAAUACGCACAAAUUCAUAAAUAGAUCACGCAGACAAAGACGCUAAAGAUCACAAAUUAACAACAUUGUGCCGGAAGGAAGACGUUAAUGUGAUGUAUUUGACAAGAACGCACACUUGUUCGCUUACGAUUGCUGUUACAAAAUUUUACAUGAAAAGAUAUAUUUACAAAGUCACUUAGUACUAUUUGAUUUAAUUAGUCGAGUCACAUGUUGCGUGAAAAAAGAAUGUUUUUUCAAUACUUUAAUAACAUAAAUCCUACAUUCCGAUUUUUAACACGUUGCAAGGAUUACCCAUUUCUUUUUUAAAGAAAACUCUGUCAAUGAAAUAAUGUAUCCAAUGAUACUUUUAUUAAAUCCUUAAGACACGUACGUCUACGAAAGUAAAGUUAACGAUAAUGAUUUUAACAAUAAUAAUAACAUUAAGGGUAAAUGAUACUAAACAGUAAUAAUCGUCGCAUAAUAAAUAUUCAUUACGUAAUUAUUAUCGUAUAAGGUGGAUAAACUCGAAAUUUUACGAGCGUAAGAGGCUUGUCUGAGCUACUCGUAAAUGACCAAAAUGUUUGGUACUAUCGUAGCACUUACAGAAAACGCGAAUAACGUUGUGACGCAUUUUUAGGACGAGACUUAGAUCGCAUUUAAGAACAAGAUGUCUGAGAGUUUUUCAACGUAGAUUUUGUAUCGAAAUUUCAGGAACGUUUUUAAGAGUUUCUACAUACACGCGUAGAGUCUGUGUAAUAAGUUGUUAGGGAUCACGGAAAGCAACAUGCUUCGUUAUAUUUUGAAAUAAUUUAUGGUAGUAAUCUUAUAGGCGAUACGUUGCAAUUAUUUUACCGAAAUAAUUCUAUUACGAAAACGUUUCCCUAGAUCCGUUGUUUUGUCUUCUAACGAUAAUUAUAUAGCUGGACGUAUUUGAUUAUAUAAGACUGCUUGGAGCUUGAUUAACCAGAAAACGAUUUCACUUUGUUCAACGUAUCAUACGAUUUAAUGAAAAGCGUUGUCUCCGUUUCUUUUUAUAGCCUGUAGACUAUUAACGUUCAUUAAGUCUUAACACCGUUAUUGUGCAUGUUGCGUUCGUUCAAUAGCAAUCAUUUCUAUUUCUUUGUAAAAAGUUUUACAUUGACGCAUUCGAUAGGUGCAUUACUGUAUUCCAUUUGCUAAUAUAAAAGUUUGUACGGGAAUUUAUUAUUUAAAUGACAAAUAUUGUGAGGGCUUUAUAACAGAUUUACCUUUAUAAAAAUAUAAUUAUCAAUGUGUUCACGUUGCGUGACCUCGAGUCGAGUAUUCGAAAGAAGUGUAUAGUUUAUCGAUAUAAUGAAUGAUACAGCUAGAGUACCUAUUUAUGUCUGUUACAAUGUAUGUGAUCGCUUGAAAUAAAGACUUGACAUCAAUAUUGAA